CGUGACUCGAAACAGGAAGUAAAUAAACGUUCUUCCCGCGCUGUCGAAUAGGGUCAACGAGAAAAUCCGAAACAAUGGACCAGCUUUAUCUGGAUAAUAUUGAUGAAUAUGUCAACGACCACGAUAAAAUAGUGACCUAUAAAUGGCUCAGUCUAACUCUUGGAGUCCAUGUCAACACAGCAAAACAGAUGCUCUUCCACUACCUGGAUCACAAGAGGAAGGAAAGCUCAGCCCAGCUGCAUGCCACUUAUCUUGUGUCGGGGAAGUUUGUGGACAACGGUCAAACAAGUCAUAGAGUAUCUGUGGUCAGAGAGGAGCAAUUGGAAGAUUUUAAAUCCAAGAUGAGCCCGAUAGUCAGCGUCCACGUCUACAGCGUCCAGAAAGCUUUGCUGAAAGACAGCGGUCCCCUCUACAGCGUCGACUACGAUGCUGUGAAAGACAACCUUCAAAACUGCAGCAAAUACAGUGCGAUCCGCUGUGCCAGCGCCGAGCCCAUGUCUUCUCUGGAGCUGCAGCUGGCCAGAGAGAAGCAGCAGGCUCCCGCUCCCGAGCCCGAGACCAAACGGUCUGGCAUGAACGGAGACACAGGCGUGGCCUCCAAACCAUGUGCCAAGCCACAGAAAGGCAUCAUGGGAAUGUUUUCUAAUAAACCCAAGAAUCAGGAAAGCGUCAAAGAAGUCAAAUCUGAACAGAAAGAAGAAGCAGCGGUCGAGCCUCCCAAAAGCAAACCAGCUGCAAAAACCAAUCCGAUGAUGAACUUUUUUGGAAAUCAAACAGCAAAAAAAGCAGACAAGCCUGUGAAGCAGGAGGAUGAGAAACCAGCAGCUGCUCCGCCGUCCACACAGGCAGCGCCGCCGCCGCCGCAGAGCCGCUCCAAACCUGAAGAGGAAGACAAAUCGGCUGCAGGAGAGCCGCAAAAAGACUCCAAGAAAGACUCCAAGAAAGACUCCAGGAGCAAAGCCAAGCGAGUCGUGGAUUCUGACAGUGACGAUGAGAAAAUGGAGAAGAAAAAGAGGCGACGGAUUAAAAAACCCGAACCCGACAGCAGUGAUGAAGAUGUUAUUCCAGACUCUCCACAGCCCACAGAAACAAAAGAAAAGACUCCGAGUCCUAAAAAGCAACUUCUGCCUGUGACACACUCUCACCAGGGGAACCCAGAGGUGAAGAUCCGGAAGAGGAGACGAGUCCUGAAGUCACGGAACUUUGUGGAUGAUGAAGGAUGCAUGGUGACCGAAAAGGUCUACGAGAGUGAAUCUUACUCCGAUUCGGAAGACGACUUCAAAGCGGCCAAGCCAGCUCCGAAAGACCCCGUCAAAGCAAAACUCCCGUCGACGAGUAAACAAGACGAGAAGAAGAGUCAGAAGAAAGCCUCGGCAAACAAAACAACCAAACAAGCUUCCAUUAUGGGAUUUUUCCACAAGAAAUAAGCGUUUUAACCCUCAUCAGCUGCAGACCACCUGAGAAGAAACGCUUCAGACAACUUCUGAGAUGCAGCGAACUAAAGGACCUCAGUAUCUGGACAUUUCAGAACACUUACGUUUUCACCAUCAGCAGCUAUGAAAAUAUGUUAAACUUAAUAAAUGUGACAAACUGCAUGUGUCUUUCCA